AGGCUAAUUCGUCGAUAAAGCAUAAGUCCCGGGCCUCCUAAAACACUAUCUUUCGCCUCUAAGCCGCGAUUAAUUCGUUAUUCCUUUGACUCGUAGAGACCUUAAGUACUUUCUUAGUAUAAUUAAGCCUUUAGAGAGCCUUAGAGACCUAAUUAACUAACACAUCAACUUCAUAGGCCUCCUAUAGAUACGCUGCGAUUUCGUCCUAAUAUAAAUCUAGCUUCCUCUUAAGUAACGCCUUAAUAUAUUCGCCUAUAUCAUUAGUAAUAACAGGUAGAAGGCCACGGCGACAACGUUCCGAAGGUGAUAUCUGACGAUCCAGAGUCUAUUUCCGCUUACAUAUCGUCUUAUAUGUCGUUCUAAACUCUCUAGCAAGAGCUCGUAAGUUAAUAUUAACUCCAUAGGAUAAUAUUCGGUCGAUAUUCGAUACUUUCCAAGCUAGCAAGUUCAGAGCUAUGACGUCAGAUAGCUCGCAGGCUCAGGUUCGAAUAUUCAAGGCAAGAGCUUUAAAAUGACCUAAUUCCGAAGAAAAUCGAUAGAGAUUUAAUAGAGUUGUGGAGGUUACAAUUCUAGGUUAUUAUAUUUUAGUGGGGUCUACAGUAAAAGUCGAUGCCCUCGUCGUCGCAUGUCCAAGUUGGGGCCUUUCAAGGAACGUCGAAUCGGAAUGUCCCGUCCUUCCGUUGGUGGGGCAUCGUCAACCUCACUCCAGCCGCGUGUUCUGGCGUUGUGGUUUUCCUUCCAGAACCCAAAAAUUACAGCCGGCCGAGGUGCAGGUGCAACAGUGACGGAACGCACCACUCGAGCUGGACUUGAGCCUUCUUUCCCCAUGACACCUACUCCAUGAUACUAUAUACUAGUAGAAACAAUGGGACAAGGACAGUCCAACGGCGGCGCACAACACGCCUCCACCGAGCAGCUAAGCCAUGAACUCGUACGGACAAACUACCCCUCCAUCAUCCCACCACAGCUAACAUCUCCCAGGCUAUAAAGUUUGCAAAACGCUGCUUUACCCCUCUCGAACUCUACUCGUUCCAAGAUGUCUUCAAAAGCCUCGCAGACCACCAAGACCACAUCUCCUACCUCAAAGAAGACACCAUUGCGCGCUUUCUCGAGAUCCCGGAUAUUCUAGGCGCAUCCUCUAUAAUCUUCCAGAUGGUGUCAUAUCUAGGCGCAUUCCCAUUCGGACAAGAUGCGCCGGUAGUUUUGGGGUUUGAGCAGAUGAUAAUGGUGGUUGUGAUCAUGACGGAGAGAUACCAGCGGGUGCUGAAGAAGGGGAAUAGGGAUCGAACGAAACUGCUGUUUCGGAGUCUGGCAGUCUACGAUCGAGGGUCACAGAGUGAGGACAAACAGGAGGAUACACCGGCUAUAGAGCCCAGGAAGAAUCAUGUCCAAAGAUUUGCCGUGGAUGAAGCUGCGAAUGAUGAGGAGGAAGAAGAUGACGAUGAUCUGGCUUUGGCGGCACUGGAAUCACUGGACGCAAUCGACGUCUUCAGACAUGGAGAUGCACCGAUAAACCAAGCUUCUAUACCUUCCGAUAACCUCAAGAAACUCAUAAUGCUACUCCUCCUGAUAGCACCUCUCUCGACACAAGAAAGUCUAGCACGACACGCAGAAAGACUAUCAGGCGACCAACUGGAAGGACUUCGCAAGACAGCAGACAACAUCCUGGCGGCGUUUGUGAACGUGGAGAAGUUCCCUGGUGUGAAGAUCCACCAAUUCAAUACUGUGAUACCCAUUUCAUUGCCAUUUCUGUUCAAUGGAUUUAACCCGUUCUUUGAGCAUUUCCUCUUCUCUAAGAAUGUCGAUUUUACAAAACGGAAAGAUUCGUCUGCUGCGCCGUUACCUCCACCGGAUCUGGUGAUGGAUCAACCGCUUUUGCCACAGACAGGAGAGAUCUUGGAUUUGAAUGUGUUGUCACAGCUAUCUUUCUUUCUGCCUGGUGCUUCGCUGUUCAGACAGUUACGAUUGUUGUAUUCUGGUGGAGAUGCAGGCUUCUCCAUGGGCAGCUUUGAGACCAAGGUGUUCAACUGGAGAGCUCCAACCAUCCUCAUAGUCUCGGGGAAUAGGAUAUCUGAUCCACCAGAAGGUCAAGAGCGAGUUUUUGCAGAUACAUUACCACCGAAACGAUUCCCAGAUAGCAGCAAAUCGACUCGUGUAGUAUUCGGAGUCUACACAGCCCAGCAUUGGCGGCAAACGCAUAAAGAGUGUUUUGGAGAUACCGACACUCUUCUCUUCCAGCUUGAGCCUGUUCACGAAGUCUUCCACGCCUCGUCACUAAAUAAAGACUACAUCUCCUUCAGCAAACCACCCAGCGCCCACUCGGGAAUUGCAUUCGGAUGUCCGCACCCCAAAGCCAAACAAACCGCCGGACUCAGUACCCACGUAAAUCUGGGCGCCGUCUCACUCCUUCUCGACUCCUCGUUCGAGUUCGGGGUCUUCACUCACAAUUAUACCUCUGGAGGGGGUGCCUUCCACAACAGCGAGACGAGGAAGUACGAUUUCCAGGAUCGGUUCGAGGUGGAGAGUUUGGAGGUUUGGGGUUGUGGAGGGGAUGCGGAGGCGGAGCAGCAGAGGCAGAGGUGGGCUUGGGAGGAGAGGGAAGCGGAGGCGAGGAGGAGGGUUAAUCUGGGGACGGGGGAUAUUGAGGCUGAUAGGGCGUUGUUGGAGAUGGCGGGGUUGAUCGGAGGGAACAGGAGUGGUGGCAGUAUGAAUGGAUGAUGGAUAUGAAUGAUUUUGGCGUUACAUUGGAUAGAACCAUGGACGAGUGAUAUAGAUGAUCGAAAUAUAGUAAUGACCAAUACGAGUCGUCGAAUAGCUUGAUUCAUGAAAGGUGUUUCGGACUGAAAGUGUGUUGAUAUUGGCCGUAGGAGCUAGAACGUUCUGCUAGAGCUGAGCAAAAGGAACUGCUCCGUAUUCAUUGGACAGUUCAAGAGUUUCACCAAAUAUCAAAUACGGUACAUAAGUCUGUCACUUUCACCUCAGCCUUGUUAUGAUUUGAGGAAGAGAAGCAUCCAGCGAACGUGCAAGUUAAUCCGCCCGGAGGAUCACCCCUGCACAGAGCUCUUCCGCCAAGGCCGAAAUCGCGGGGUCCACUGACACAAUUUCGAGCUCCAUCACAACUUAGUCGAGUCACUCUCCCUGG